AUGGUCGCCAGGAGAGCUCAGCAUCUGAAAGGCACAGGGGGCUCUGGGUUCUUUCCCAGGCACCCGGUGGCCACGUUUUUCCACCUGUUUUUCCGAGUAAGUGCCAUCAUCACCUACGUGGGCUGUGACUGGUUCAGCAGAAGCUUCGUGGGCUGUUUUGUCACCGUGCUUCUCCUCCUGUCCUUCGACUUCUGGUCUGUGAAGAAUGUAACCGGACGCCUCAUGGUGGGCCUUCGCUGGUGGAACCAGAUCGACGAAGAUGGGAAAAGCCACUGGAUUUUUGAAGCCAGAAAGGUCUCUCCAAAUACCGUGGCUGCCACAGAGGCUGAAGCUCGGGUCUUCUGGCUCGGCCUCAUCAUCUGCCCCCUGAUUUGGAUCGUGUUCUUUUUUAGCUCCUUAUUUUCCUUGAAGCUCAAGUGGCUGGCCCUCGUGAUAGCUGGGAUUUCUCUCCAAGCCGCUAACCUGUACGGCUACGUCCUUUGUAAGAUGGGAGGCGAGAGUGACAUCAGCAAAGUCACAGCCAGUUUUCUGUCCCAGACGGUGUUCCAGACGGCCUGUCCAAGAGACUUCCAGAAGCCUGGCCUUGAGGGGCUGGAGAUUCACAAGUAUUAGGUAAGAGGUGGGAUGGAGGUGGCGGCCUGGAUGGUGCGGGGCCGGGGGCUCCCGUGCAAGCGCAGCUCCCCUGGGCUCAGCUGGGCCUGUGGUCUGGGUGGGCCCUUUAGAGGGGUCCCACCUUCCUCACCUUGAACAGGUGCAGAUUUGACCCUAUGUAGGCAAGCGGGGUGGGCGACGAGCGAAGGGGAGGGAAGGAACAAGGGGACGUCCCCCCUCCACUUCCAUGCCUGGAGUAAGGUGGGAGCUGGGAAUUUACUCUUCCCUCGGCUGCUCUCAGUUCCUGUGUGUCUUUCAGAGUGAGCGUCUCAUGGCAAUGAGGAGCUUCUUGGAGUUUGCAUCUCUCUCCUUUUUAUGUAAUGUUAAAAGACCCUGUAAGUUGUCUGACAGUGGAAGUUGCUGGAUAUAGUGAACACACAUUCCUAUACAGGGCGUUGACACUGACCCCCAAAACUGUUCUCAUGUGGGUGAUUCGAGGGUUUUUCGACUACGCCCAGCCACGUGGUGUGCACUCACCUCAGGACAAGCCCCAGCAGGAGGAUCUAUCAAUCACUGCUUUAAUUUUUUCUCCACCUGAGGAACAGCGUUUGCACUAUGCUGUCUGAAACUGUGACUGUAUAUCUGCAGCGAAGCCACACAUUCACCCCUUUGUCCCUUUGGUUCUUUUUCAGGCUUAUUUUCCGAGGCAGCGAAGGCUC